CAGACGUUGACGAAUGUGAACAACGCGGAGUGAAGGCCUGUGGAAGAGAGGCAGACUGCCAUAACACGGUGGGGAGCUACUACUGCACAUGCAACCAAGGAUACAGGCUUGCUUCUGGGGCAGCAAAGUUCAGUGAUGCAAGUGAGAACACGUGUCAAGACAUGGACGAAUGUCUGAACCCCAGAAUCUGUAAAAGCCACAAGUGUGUCAACACCCAUGGCAGCUACACCUGCACGUGCCCACCAGGAUUUGAGCUCAACCUGGAGGACCCGAAGCUGUGCAAAGAUGUGAAUGAAUGUACCUCGGGGCAAAACCCCUGCCACAAAACCACCCACUGCCUCAACAAUGUGGGCAGCUAUAAGUGCUGCUGCCGCCGUGGCUGGAAGCCGAUUCCUGGGUCCCCCAAUGGCCCGAACAACACCGUCUGUGAAGAUGUGAAUGAAUGUACCUCAGGAGAACAUAUCUGCCACAAUUCAACCCAAUGCAACAACACCAAGGGCAGCUAUGAGUGCCGCUGCCGCCCUGGCUGGAAGCCCAUUCCUGGGUCUCCCAAUGGCCCAAACAACACCGUCUGUGAACAAGGUUCGGAGUUCAGAUCCCACAUUCCCAAAGACCCACAGCUCAAGCCACCUGAUCAUGUAUUCACGGGCACCACACAAACCCAGCACAAUGAAUGCUGGGGGUGCCCUGCUGGGCCAGGCUUCCAUUCUUUGAGACUAAAUGGGAAAAGAUCUGGGGGUCCUGCAGAAGGAGCUGGGGUACCAAGGGGAAGGCUCCUUGGGGACCCCAGGCAGCAGCUAAUUACUAACUGGGACAAAGGUAUCUAAUAUCUCACAACCUGUACCUCUGUGGGGGCUGACCUGCUGUGGGUCAGGCCUCUGCACACUUCCCAUAACCCCUGUGUCUGCCACUCAGGGAUGUGCCGUCAGCAGGUGUCAUCACCUCCA